AUGGAAAUUUCGGGUUGUCACAAUGAUGAUGUGGAAGAGAAAGAGAAAGAUGAUACUCAGCCUUUGAUGAAGUUGGAUGGUAAUAAUGGUGAGAUUGAAGGAAAUGGUGAGGUUGAAGAUAUUUCAACUUGGGUUAAAUGGCUAUACUUUCAAUUACAGUUUUCUGCUGCUACUUCACUGUCUGAAGUAAGUGCAUUAUACACAAAGAGCAUUUUUUUUACUGAAAAAACUGUUUGGAUAGGAGCAAAUGACCAUUUUGCACAGACAUCACCUUAUGACCUGGUUGCGAGAAAAUUUAAUGUUGCUGGUACAUAUAAUAACUUAUUGUUGCUUUUGGUUUUACAGGGUCAAUAUGAAAAGAGUCAUAGCUUGAGUCAAGAAGCUGUGAGAUCAAAUUCCUUACCUGUUGACAACAUGACAGAUACAGGGGGAGAAGGAGAAGCUCCGGUAAGGGUAAAGGAGGUUGGUACAACCUCAGUCUCCUGUCCGAUGCUUACAUCCACAAAUUACACCGUAUGGGCAAUGCGUAUGAAAGUCGUCCUGCGAAUCCACAAAGCCUGGACUGUGAUUGAUCCAGGAACCAAGGACAAUGAAGAGAAAGACUGUCUCGCUGUGGGUCUACUGUACCAAGCCCUACCAGAAAACCUCAUAAUGCAAAUCGGAGAACAGGAUUCGGCCAAGAAGCUAUGGGAAGCGAUUAGAACACGAAAUAUGGGUGCUGAUAGAGUUAAAGAAGCCAGAUUACAAACCUUAAUGUUGGAAUUCGAUCGAUUGAAGAUGCUGGAAUCAGAGACAAUCGACAGCUUUGCCGGAAAGCUGUCCGGAAUCGCAUCAAAAUCAGCGGCGCUGGGAGAAUCGAUUGAGGAAUCGAAGUUAGUCAAGAAAUUUCUGAAAUCGGUGCCAAGGAACUUCAUCCAUAUUGUCGCUUCCUUGGAACAAGUACUUGACCUGAAGACAAUCGGGUUCGAGGAUAUUGUGGGAAGACUUAAGGCAUACGAGGAGAGAAUUAGGGAGGACGAGACCGGCAGUGAAGGUCAGACGAGGGCCCUUUUCGUCGACCAUAGUGGAAACUCGAAUCGGAAGAAUAUAGCGUCGAAGGGCAAAUGGAAAGGGGCUGGAGGAUCGGGUGGGUACAAUCAGCAUGAAGGAUCCGGGUCUGGGUCUGUUGGAUCACAAAACUCAAAUGGGCCAAAAUUCAAAAAAAACCCCACACACGGAAUUAACCAAAAUAAAACAACACAAGCCCAAAGAGGAAAGCCCAAUUCUAAUUUUGAAACGAACCGCAAACCUAAAAAGGACCGCUCCAAUAUUAUUUGUUACCGGUGCGAUAAACCGGGCCAUUUUGCGUCUCAAUGCCCGGACCGAAUCAAAAAAUUACAAGAAAGUAAUUUUGUUGAAUAUGACGAUACCGACGAGACUGUAUUUUUAAACGAGACCGUGUUUUUGAAUGAAGAGAAGGUGAUACCGUCUCGAUACGAUCCACAAGAAAACGAUGUGUGGUAUUUGGAUAAUGGGGCGAGCAAUCACAUGACGGGGAACCGGUCAUUUUUCUCCGAGCUUGACGAAAGCAUAACCGGGAGGGUUAAAUUUGGAGAUAAUUCGUGUGUAAAAAUCAAGGGAAAAGGUGUUAUAAUUUUCCAAGGCAAGAAAGGUCAACAAAGGCUGAUGACGGAGAUUUACUACAUACCGGAUCUCAAGAACAACAUUAUAAGUCUCGGACAAGCAACUGAAGCCGGGUGUGAUAUUCGAAUGAAAGACAACUUUUUAACCAUGCACGAUGCCGAUAAUUGCUUAUUAAUGAAAGUACAAAGAACUUCAAACUGCCUUUAUAAAAUAAAAUUACAGAUUGGAGUUCCUAUUUGCCUACAUUCAAGACUAAGUGAAGAUGCGUGGCGAUGGCAUGCAGGACUUGGGCACAUCAAUUUCGAGUCAAUGAAAAAGAUGUCCAAAAAGGGUUUAGUCAAAGGGUUACCGAAAUUAGAUCAUGAGAAUCAAUUAUGUGAAUCAUGCUUAGUCGGCAAGCAAACGAGAAAGUCCUUCCCAACCAUGACGACAUACAAAGCGAAACAACCAUUGGAGCUUGUUCACGGAGAUUUAUGCGGUCCGAUCACGCCGGCAACCAAGGGUCAAAAUAGGUACAUUUUUACACUAAUUGAUGAUUUUUCACGAUUUAUGUGGAUUUAUCUCAUAAAAGAAAAGAGUGAGGCGUUUACACACUUCAAAAAAUUCAAAGCUUUGGUGGAAAAUGAAAUUGGAAAGCCUUUGAAAGUGUUUAGAAGUGAUCGAGGAGGUGAGUUUACCUCUCUCGAGUUUAAUUCUUUUUGUGAGCAAAACGGAGUUAAACGCAAUCUCACCGCCCCAUACUCUCCACAACAAAACGGAAUUGUGGAACGAAGAAACCGAACUCUUAUGGACAUGACACGAAGUAUAAUGAAGGCAAUGCAUGUUCCAAACUACUUAUGGGGAGAAGCGGUAAAUCACUCAACAAAUCUAAUCAAUCGAGUUUACACAAGAGUCCUUGGAGAUACAACUCCAUACGAAAAGUUGUAUAAAAGAAAACCGAAUUUAGAAAAUGUUCGUAUAUUUGGGUGUCUAGCACAUGCAAAAGUUGAACCGGUUAAUCAAAAGAAGUUGGAUGCAAGAUCAAGACCACUAGUACAUGUUGGUUCCGAACCGGGUACGAAAGCUUACCGGUUAUUUAACCCGGUAACACAAAAAAUAAUCGUGAGUCGAGAUGUUAUUUUUGAUGAAACCAAAGGGUGGGAUUGGAUUAAAGAAGCAGGAAUCACCAAUGAAGAACCGGGUUCAUUCAUAAUACCAUGGGACUAUCCAAGAGAAGAUGUGAACAACAACCAAGGAAACGAUGUAAACAAUGAUCCAGUUGAAUCGGAUCAAGAGAUUGGAGACGGAGCGGAUGUACAAGAUAAUCAACAAUCAAGUCCGGUAAAUAAUAAUGUUCAACAAGGAGCUACAAGUCAAAGACCCUCGAGAGCAAGAGUACCUCCAAGACGAUUUCAAGAUUAUGAGCUUGAUCUUGAAAAUCUCGAAGAACUCCUUCUAACAACCAAUGACGAGCCGGUAUCGGUUGAAGAAGCGAAGAAAGAACCAGAAUGGGUCAAGGCCAUGGAUGCGGAAAUCAAGUCAAUAAACAAAAAUAAUACUUGGACUCUUGUGAACAAACCUAUGGGGGUGAAGCCAAUUGGACUCAAGUGGGUGUUCAAAUUAAAGAAAAAUGCAGAUGGCACCAUUAAUAAAUACAAGGCAAGUCAGGAAGUGUUUGCCCCGGUAGCUCGAAUUGAAACUAUUCGAUUUCUUAUAGCCUUAGCAGCUACUCAUGGGUGGGAGCUUCACCACUUAGAUGUAAAAACAGCAUUCUUACAUGGAGAAUUAAAAGAAACUGUUUAUGUGUCACAACCGGAAGGCUAUAUAAAGAAAGGCAACGAGCAUAAAGUAUAUCGCCUUACAAAAGCACUAUAUGGUCUAAGACAAGCACCUCGAGCAUGGAACACGAAGCUUGAUGGGAUUUUGAAGAAUAUGAAAUUUCAAAAGUGCAUGAAAGAACCAUCGGUGUACCGGAAAUGUGAAGGAUCUAACUUGCUAAUUUUAGCAAUUUAUGUUGAUGACUUAUUUGUCACAGGUACAAACUUGAGCAUAAUCAAGAGGUUCAAAUUAGAAAUGUCCAAGAACUUUGAGAUGUCGGAUCUUGGAAGAUUAACUUAUUACCUUGGCAUUGAAGUUAAGCAAGAAGAAUCGGGGAUUACUAUAAACCAAGAAGCAUAUGCUCAACGCAUUUUCAAAGAAGCCGGUUUACAUGAUUGCAAUCCGACCCACAUACCGAUGGAACCGGGAAAUAAAUUGCCGAAGGCCGAAGAUGAACCCGAAAUCGACCCAACACAAUAUCGAAAGGUGGUAGGAUGUCUUAGAUACCUCUUGCAAACAAGACCCGAUAUGACAUAUGCGGUUGGAGUUGUUAGCUGAUAUAUGCAAAGUCCAAGAGAAUCACAUGGUGGUGCAAUCAAACACAUUCUAAGGUACUUACGAGGAACAACGGGAUACGGAAUCAAGUACGAGAGAAUGGGACAAAAGCGGCUUAUUGGUUAUAGUGAUAGUAGUCACAAUGUUGACCCGGAUGACGGAAGAAGCACAACCGGUCACAUUUUCUACCAUGCUGCAUGUCAAGCAAUAUGGCUUCAAGAUUUGCUUGGGGAAAUAAUGAACAAAGCACAAGAGAAAGUUAUUCUUAGAGUUGAUAACAAGUCGGCUAUCGAACUAACUAAGAAUCCUGUUUUUCAUGGAAGGAGUAAACACAUUCACACGAGGUUUCAUUUCAUUCGUAAUUGUGUCGAAAGGGAACAAGUGGAGGUGGAAAACAUUCCCGGUGGAGAACAAAGGGCGGAUAUUCUUACGAAACCAUUAGCUCGAACCAAGUUCAAGGAAAUGUGGAGCUUGAUCGGGGUCGAAGAAUUCUCUAGAAGGACUUAG